UACACAUAUCUUUCAAAAGGCAAAUGCUUAGAAUGAGAGUGAUGAAGAAACAUUUUCAAUUAGCUCUACUGUUUUGCCUUCUCUGCUUGCAACUUGCUGGCUUUUGCAAUUGUGGUGGUGGUUCCAUUUGCAGAGAAGUAGAAAGGAAGGCACUUGUUGAUUUCAAAAAUGGCCUUGAAGAUCCCAAUGGACGUCUCUCUUCUUGGAUUGGCUCGGACUGUUGCUCUUGGACCGGCGUGCAUUGCCACAACUACACUGGGCAUGUUAUAAGGCUUGAUCUCCGAUACAAUGACGGCAUUGGGUACUUGGGAGGUGAGAUCCGGCCUUCUUUGCUUGUUUUGAAUCACUUAAGAUAUUUGGAUCUUAGUGAUAACUUAUUUAAAUAUAUUAGAAUUCCAACUUUCUUGGGUUCACUGGCAAGUCUUCAAUAUCUUAACCUUUCUCUUAAUGGCUUCAUUGGGCGUGUCCCACACCAACUUGGUAAUCUGUCUCGCUUGCAGUACCUUGAUCUUUCAUAUAAUCUUGAUAUUGUUGGAAGCUUUACUCUUGAUAUGGUUGGAAGCCAUUGGCUCACAAAUCUUUCUUCUCUUCAAUGUUUGAAUUUGACUGGUGUGAAUCUUUCCGAGGCAAAAAAUGUGCUCAAAUCACUGAACACCCUUCCUUUGAUAUCUGAGAUAAACUUUUAUGAUUGUGAGCUUCACAUCCCUCUUUCACUUGGUGUUGAAAUUAACUUUACAAAUCUUCGAUUCCUUGAUCUUUCCACCAAUGGCAUUAACUCUACCAUGCCUCUAUGGUUGUUCAAGUUGAGUGGCCUUGAGUAUCUUAAUCUUGCAGGUAAUAAUUUUCAAGACCUUAUCCCUUUUGAUAUUGGGGAACUUACUUCUCUUAGGGUCCUUGGUCUCGCAUAUAAUGGAGUCCUAAGUGUUGGACUGCCAACUACUUUGGGUAAACUCUGUAACUUGAGCAAACUGUAUCUCUCCGGGAAUGAAUAUUUAGCUGGUGAUCUAAAUAGAUUGGGAGAAAUUUUUUCUGGUUGCUUGGAAAACAGUUUAGAGGAGUUGUAUUGGAGUGAAGCAGCACUCAGUGGGCCAUUGCCAAGUUGGUUGGGGAACCUUAAGUCUCUUAAGGCUCUUGACCUUUCUGACAACUCCUUUUAUGGCUCACUUCUUCCACUCCGAUUACCAUCUUUGCAGGCCUUGUAUCUUUAUUCUAAUAAUUUCAAUGGAACUAUUCCAAAAUAUUUGGGACAAUUAUUACCAGAGUUGGACACGUUGGAACUUUCUUAUAAUAAUAUAGCAGUGAGACCCGAUUGGGUUCAUCCACCUAAACUAAAACAUUUGUAUAUGAAAGCUUGCAAAUUGGGCCCGAGAUUUCCAUCAUGGCUUCAGAAUUUGAAAAAUUUGUCUUCACUUGAAAUGACAAAUGCAAGUAUUGUUGAUACAUUGCCACUAUGGUUUUGGAACUUCUCUUUGGAUAUUGAAGCCAUCUAUCUAUCACACAAUGAAAUCAAAGGCAAUCUACCAGAAGUUUCGUCAAAAGUACCCAAUCUUCAAUUUUUAGAUUUAAGUCAUAAUUAUUUGGAAGGACAGUUGCCACAAUUUUCAUCAAAUCUAGUAGAUUUUGAUCAGGCGCAUGGCUUAAUCUCAAGGUCCACUUUCACUAAUACAAGCAUUAUAGUGCCAAGAUUAUCUCAGUUGUAUAUUUCUUCAAACAAAUUAACAGGAAGUAUCCCGAGCUCAUUAUGUGAAUUAAAUUAUUUGCAAGUCCUUGACCUCUCAAAGAAUAUGAUUGAAGGAGUUGUUCCUGAUUGCUGGAACCAUUCUUUGAUGGUAAUGGAUUUGUCUUAUAACAAUCUACAUGGAAUAAUUCCCGCAUCUAUCUUCUCCACAAUUUUGUUAGUUUUGCAUUUGAGCAAUAAUGAAUUUUUUGGAGAGCUCCCAUUAUCCUUUAAAAAUUGUACAUCAUUGAAAACUUUGGAUCUUGAAAAUAAUAAAAUUAGUGGAAGUAUACCAGCAUGGCUUGGAGAAAAGUUGCAGGCGCUAGAGACACUUGAGCUUCGAUAUAAUAUGCUUACUGGAACUAUUCCUCCACAAUUGGGAAACCUCACACAUCUUCAUCUUAUUGAUGUUUCAAAUAACCAUCUAUCAGGUGCCAUACCACAUAGUUUUGGCAACUUCAGUGCCAUGAAAACUAAUCUUGAAAGUGGUUGGUCAAACAUAUAUAAUUAUGUGAACAAUAUUGACAUAAAUAUGAAAGGAAGAGAAUUUGAGUUGGAAGGGAGAAUACCAUCAUUAUUUAUUUGCAUUGACCUCUCAAAUAAUAUGUUAUCAGGAGAGAUACCAGAAGAAUUAGCGCACCUUUCAUUUCUGCAGAGCUUGAAUUUAUCCAGAAAUCAUUUAUCAGGACAACUUUCAGAAAAAAUUGGAGAGCUCAGGUGGUUGGAAGUUCUUGAUUUAUCAGUGAAUAAUCUUUCAGGUGUUAUUCCUCCAACAAUGACCAACUUAACUUCAUUGAAUCAUCUGAAUUUAUCGUACAACAAUUUCUAUGGUGAAAUUCCAUACGGUGGUCAAUUUCAAGUACUUCUAGAUCCAUCUAUUUAUUUUGGCAACCGAGGCCUAUGUGGUGUUCCAUUAAAUACAAAGUGUGAGAUUGAAGCACCAGCGCAACCACCCGGGUUGCCAAACAAUGAAGAUGACAACAACUUGGAGGCCAUAUGGUUUUAUUUGAGCAUGUCUUUGGGAUUCAUAUUUGGGUUUUGGGCAAUUUCUGGUGCAUUGAUACUGAAAAAGAGCUGGAGGUAUGCUUAUUUUCGAUUUGUAGAUCUUAUUUAUGACAAGAUCUAUGUUCUUGUUGCUGUAAAUCUAAAAAAAAUGAAGAGAAAAUGUGGUCUUGCCAGUGAAUAGUGCUACCUUGUCUUCUUGGAGGCCAAAAUAAAGGAUUACAAUCCAUAUAUGUGGAACACGAGCAGUAAUUGGGGGUACGAUCUUAUUUAGAGUUUUACAUUUUACUGCCUACUUGUAUUAAUUAUAUGCAUAAACUGUCAUGAAAAAUCUUUUGAGAAUGUAAUUUUAAUUUGUUAUGAAAUUUUAUCUGGUGUAUACAUUUACUCUCUUAUGGUAACGUUAUUAUUGUCUUUAGUUUUAAUAAAGGAUAUUAUAUGUAAGUUGAGCAUAUCAAUGUGCUUGAUCUUCCUGUGUUAGUGGAAGUUCUCAGUGAGUAUAUACUUGACAAAGCUUCUCAAAAGACAAAACAGAAGUGAUCCUGGUUCUUCAAUUCUUCUACUAGUUUCUAUGUUUUCUGGAAGUUCACUACAAUUUUUCUCAAAUAGCUCAUCAUCAAAACUACUAGAGAUGUGUCCCAUGUGGUUCUAUAAGUUACCUUUUCUAAAAGAAUGGCAAUUUGAGCGAGCUAGCAGUUUCCUGCAAUAUAUAUGAUCUUCAUGCCAACAAUGUAAUUCAGUACAAAGUGCUGCCAUACAUUUCGGUUAAUGGCGUACUGAAAGAGAACAACCAUAUAUCAACCAUGAUUUUACAAGGGAGAUACAUCUAUCUAUAUAUCUAUUGUUCUGCCUCUUAAUUAACAUGCAUCAAAGCAUGCACAGAACCCCAUAUAUUUACAUGAAUGUAGCAAUUACAAAAAGGAUCCUUCGUUUGAAUGCAUUUGGGUUGAGGAUAAUGAACCUAAACACAAAGCUUGCCUCCAUUGUUGUUGUGGCAUUUUCACACUUCUCUGGGGAAUGAAGCACUCCACUAAUUGUCCAAGUGGUAUAAGAAGUUUGUUAAUUAGGACGUGCUUUUUUAUUAUCUGUGCCUUAAAUGUUUACUACGAUAAUUUUUUGACAAGAUGAUUGAUUGAUGGUUAACAAGCAAGAUUUGUGCAUUUUGAUUUCAUCCUGUUUUUUUUUUUUAAAAGGAAAUCAGCCCACUGUGCUCUGGUCCACCACCACCGGUGAGCUCCUCGGCAUGUUGGCCAAAAUGUAAAUAAUUUUUAGGACCAAAGCUCUUCUGCAGAAAUAAAUCCCAAUAACUUUGGUAAAAUUUGGUAAUAUUUGACUGACAGUGUACACACUAAAAUUUUUGGUUUUCUUUUAUGAGAUGCUGAGAUUGAGUUGAGUGAGUGAGUGAGAAAAUGGUGAAGCUGCAGGUCUACACCGAUCUGGUGUCGCAGCCAUCAUGAGCAAUCUUAAUUUUUUGCAAGUAAUUCUCAAUCUGUAACAAUAUUAUAGUCUCAAUUUCCUCUUUCUUUGUCUUCUUUGUCAAUUUUCUGUUGAUAAUUCUGGGAAAAAAAAUAUAUUUCUCAUAUUUGUUUGUUUGUGCUCAUAUCUGCUUAUUUUUCUUCAAAUAUAUAUUCUCUUUUUAGGGUGAAUAGGAUUGAUUUUGAGGAGGUGAGCGUAGAUCUCUCCAAGGGCGAUCAUUGAAAUGCCCAAUUCCAAGUAAAAUGUAGAUUGCUGUUUGUGCACUGCUUUUGCAGAAAUAAAUCCAAUGAGACCAGUUCCAGCAAUUGUUGAUGAAAGGUUUAAUCUGUUUGAGAGGUGUGGCUUUAUGUAUGAAAAUUGCUCGAGUUUUCCAGUAAAACAAGCAAGAAACAAAGAUGGUGAAUGCCUUUGAUUAACCUGCAAAUUGGAGUGCACAGCUAAAGAGAGACAUCUAUUGGAGUAUUCUUGUUGGUUCACUUAGUACAAAGGAUGAUCUUUUUUUUUUCAAUAUGAUCUAUGUAAAACAACUAAUUACUUACAAUCUGUGCAUGUAUUUCUUUUCCUUGUGUGCGGCUUCAUGAUAAAUAUCAUGUUUUACUUUUUUAAAUAUUAUGGCAGUCUCUGAUGUCUUUAAGCGCUUAUAAGAUUCUCUAUAUUGAUUUGCAG